GUAGUAUUGUCUUUGCAUAUGGAAAGUUCUUCCUGUAGUUAAUCUGUUCAGUCCUUCUUCUUCGUUACUGGAGCUCAGAUGCACAUUGAGAUGCACAAUGGCAUGCCAAAAGAAAGCCUCAGAUUUGAUUCCGGAGUACAAGAUGGACUACAAGCAACGAGGAACAGCCCUCAUCUUCAACCAGGAACGCUUUUUAUGGAAGUUAAAACUGAGGGAACGUCAUGGCACAGCUAAAGACAAAGAAGACCUCACUGAAAGAUUUCAACAGCUAGGGUUUCAUGUGGAACCGUAUAAUGAUUCAAACAAGAAGAUCAUGAUGGACAAAUUACGAAAAGCUGCUGAAGCUGACCAUACAGAUGCCGACUGCUUUGUGUGUAUUUUCCUGAGUCAUGGGGAAGAUGGCCAUGUCUUUGCCCGUGAUGAUAAGGUUGACAUUAAGGAAAUAACAGCACUCUUCAGGGGAGACCAGUGCAAAAGCCUUGUAGGAAAGCCCAAGAUCUUCAUCUUCCAGGCAUGCCGCGGUGACAUCACCGACAAUGCUGUGACUGGCAUGUCCCAAGAUGAGAUGUCUAGUGAGGUGGAGGAGGACGCUGCCAUUGUCUACACACUCCCAGCAGGGGCAGAUUUCCUCAUGUGCUACUGUGUAGCUGAGGGAUUCGCUGCCUUCCGCCACACAACGCUUGGCUCAUUCUACAUUCAAGACUUAUGUGAAACCUUGCAAGAGCAAGGCUCAACUCUAGAGUUCACUGAGCUCUUGACCCUUGUGAACUUGAAGGUGUCCAGACGCACCCAUGGAAUCAAGAAACAGAUGCCCUGCUUCACCUCCAUGCUCACCAGGAAACUCUACUUCAGGCCCAAAAAGGAGUGAACAGUCAGACUCAAAAAUAUCUGAAUCUUUAAGGUGGAAGUACUCAGGCCCAACUCUCCCAAAGAGAAGUAAACCAUCAGACACGAUGCUGUAAGAUUUGUAUAACGUACGGCAUUUGAUUCAAUACAUUUUCACAUUUGUUACUCUUAUGUGUCAGUUAACGUGUGUUUGUUUUCUCCCCCUCUUGUUCGUUUUUGUCACUUUUCUUGGCUGUCAUUUUCCCUCGUAUGGCU